AUGGACUCCCUCGAAGCUAGACUACAAUUCAUUCAGGUGCUGAAAAACUUGCAAAAGACACUGCACAAGACGACGGACUCCAUCACAUCAUCAUCGACAACUACACCACCGUCAUCUCAGCAAAAACUGAAUAGUGAUCCUAUACAAUUUUACUUAAGAAACUACAGGCAUCAUUAUGAAGACUUCCACCAGUGUCUGUUCGAUACAGCCAUGAAAAUGGAUCCAUUGGAUAGGCUGGAUGUGGUGAUAUACUAUGUCAGAAUAAUAAGAAAUUUGUAUCCUCACAGUCAUUCCAAUACCAACGUCGCCAAGGUGUUAAACGAAGUACUGCUAAUGGACAUAGAUCUGGUUUUUGAGCUAUGCCUUCCUUGCAACGACUGGAAAUCUCUCACGAACCUAACGACCUGUAAAAAGCUAUUUCUGGAUUUGUCAAGACUAAUCAAGUGUGACACCGCCACCGUUGUACCCACACCAUCAGACUCCAUAAGCCUGGAUGCUACUACUUGGUACAGUAUCAAGACAGAGAGGACUACACAGGACUACGAGCAGUCAUUGCAACGAACAGAAGCACUACUUAAAGACAGAGACUUGAAAAAACUGGCUUUUUUCCAACAAUUCACGUCCGAUGCAACUACUAUUGACCCAAAUUUGCAGACUCAGCCAACGAAUGCAAACAUCCUAUUACACAGAAUGGAGGCAGAUAGGGAAUUACACAAGAGAUCGAAAGAGACGAGUUGGUGCGUUGAAAGGCCCUCCAACGAUAUACUAGAUGAAUCCGAAUUUCAGACUUUGUGGACGCAUUUUGAAACUACCGAUUCGGGGUUCGAUAAGGACGACUAUAAGAAUAUCAAGGCUUUGAAUGACAUUGCCACGUCAUCCUACAUGUACUAG